CAACAGAAACUUACGUCAUGCUUGCUUUCGUAAGAGUUAUAUCACAUCGGAACACUGCAUGCCGGUAACUUUGACUGAAAACCGGGAGGUGUGGCUGCAUUUCUGUCUAAGAACUCUAUCAACAUUAACCUCUUCAUCAAUAUAAUAGAAAUGGCGACCUACGAUGAGCACGAGUCGAAGUUCAUGAGGAAAGCUAAGGAGAAUCCAUUUGUCCCGGCAGGGAUGGCAGGAUUCUUUGCAAUUGUGGGCUAUGGCCUGUACAGAUUGAAGAGCCGGGGGGACACAAAAAUGUCCGUCCAUCUCAUCCAUAUGCGUGUGGCUGCCCAGGGAUUUGUGGUGGGAGCAAUGACCAUCGGAGUCAUUUAUUCAAUGUACAGAGACUACAUUGUGAAGCCCAGAGAACAGGAGAAAGCCCUGAAAAACCACUGAAAAUGUUCACCGGCCCAUUUAUGUUCUCGGAUGACGCCUCAUUAAGGUGUUAAGUCGUUGAUGUACUCUUAAUAUAAGUGCAAUUCAUAUUCGUUUGUAAUGGUGUAUGAAUUGCGUUAGCAACCUUUUGGUGCAUUUUUAGAUUGCACCUUCUGACCACAUAUAUCACUGUGCUCUGUCAAAAUGUAAUGCCUAAUCUGUACAAAAUGCAAUGAUUUAAUAUUACUGUUAUGGACUUCAGGGUAGAUCCACUCCAUCCAGUAAUUUCAAACUGGGUUGUCGUACAUUAAUCAGGGAACUCUCAUUCCACGCUGAAAAUGACGUUAGAGCAGAAGGCAGCAGAGUAAAAAUGUGGAAAUUUGUUAAGUUCAUUUCACAGUGCAACUGGGAAAUGGUUCCAAUUUGUGAAUGCUUGAAACGUCUUUCUGGGAUCAGUAGUGGAGUCAGAUAAAUAGUCUUAGAUUAAAAGCAAAUGUUGGGCUGGAAAGACAAGGUUAUUUGUGAAGGAAAGAAAAUUAUUAAAAAAGGAAAGAACCCUCUUUGUGCAAGUGCCAGGGCAUUUCAAACAGGCAUAAGAUCAAGAUAUUAUAUAGUUAUAUAGUUUAUUUUCAUAUUCAAAAGACCUCCUCUAGUAGGACUUCAUCUUUAUACAAGAAACAUUUUGAACUUAUACAUACUGUUCAGAAUUUCUGAUUUAUGGAGAGAACAUGUUUGAUACCUCAUACUCUUUUGUUUUCACUGGUCUGUUUAAUAAUGGGAAAUGCAUUUUAUUUAUACUUUUAUGAUGAUAUUAGGAGAGUAAAGGCAAUGGCAUUCAAAAUGCCACAUUUUAUCUACAGUGUGUUAUGAUGAGAACAGCAAAUGGAUUAUUAUCUAAGGAAAAUGAUAUUUUUGUGCCAUUUGUUUCUUAAAAGAACAAUGGUCACAUAAAUGUAAAAAUUAAAGUAUUCUUGGUGGAAUUACACCUUGGCUGUGAUACACAGUGAAUAGGAAUUGGUGUGAAAAUUUAAAUGGGAUAUGCUAUUUAUUUGAUUUAUCUGUGUGGAGCACAAUUGUCAGAUUUCUGAAUGUCAGAGAAAAUGACUAUCUGUGCGUGGUGUGUGUGUGUUGGGGGGGGGGGGGGUUAUAAGGUUAUGUCUAGUCUAUUUGGAUCUCUUCAUUAAAAGUUUUUCUUGAAUUAA